AUGCAACGCCUGGGAAUGUUCUGUCAUCUUGGCGUUUCCUCUAUCAUUUUUGUAAAAUCGAAACUUGAAAACUCCAAGGAGUCUAUUGCUAAGAAGAUGCUCAAAAUAACCUGUUUUGUAGUAAUUUUUGCCAUAACGGUUUUUGCGAGACCAUCAGAGGGUUUCAAGCGCAUCGAAAUACUGAAACCAGAAGUGCGUGAGAUAAAUGUCACUGAAUCACCAUCUCCUAGAUCAUUUCAGUGCGGGCAAGCUCCCUUGUUUGAGCCUCAGAUAGAGAGAAUCAUCAAUGGAUCUUACGUACCAGUCCGAGGUGCGUAUCCUUUUAUGGUCAAUAUCAAAAUGGGCUGGCAACACUGGUGCGGAGGAGCUGUAUACGACAAAUAUAAUGUCAUCUCCGCCGCCCAUUGUUUUUGGGAAGGCCAGGACCCUAGUAGUUUGAAACUCUUCUUCGCCGACAAAGAUCAGAAACUGGGAUACGAGAUUGAAACCGGACAAGAAAGGAGAUACGUGGAAAAGAUCACUCUUCACCCGAGGUACAGCAAAGAUGGCUGGAACUCAAACGACAUCGCAAUUCUGAAAAUGACCGAGCCAGUGCCUUUCACUGAUCAAAUUCAGCCUAUCUGUCUGCCUACGGUCGAGGUACAGGGUGGUGAAAACACAGUCACAAUGGGGUGGGGGGACACGAGAGGAACGUCAAAUGGGAACAUCUUGAGUGUCGUGCAGGUUCCCGUGAUUCCCAAAGACACAUGCAAGCAAUGGUAUGGAGGACUAAUUAAGGAUUGUAUGGUGUGCGCUGGAUACGAAGAAGGGAUGCAGGACUCCUGCCAGGGCGACUCUGGAGGUCCUCUGGCCAUGAAGAAUGCGGACGGAGCCUUCGAGUUGAUUGGCGUUGUGUCGUGGGGAUCUGGCUGUGCGCAAGCCAGACAACCGGGAGUCUAUGCCGAUGUUCUAGACUAUGUCCCUUGGAUCAAAGAAGUAGCUGGAGAAGCCAUGUACUAA